CCAUGCAGCCAAUCAACUCCAGCUGCACAGUGCAUGCUGUUGAUUACAGUCUUUGCUGCCACAACCUGCAGAAAGGCAAGAAAUUACUAUGUCAUGGAUCUAAAAUGGAACAUACAGAAAAAGGCUCCUCCAAGGGAUUUCGAAAAGCCCCUCAAGUAGUCUUCUGACCAACUCUACCUUCUCGUAGGCACUGAAGAGUAUGCAGUGAAUCCUGCUGCAAAAUCAACAUAAAUACUCAAAAAAAACCAAAAAUAAAAGAAUGCAGAGCUGUGAACUGAUUGAUCUUCUCAUGUGUUUUGGACUUGAGAAAGCGUCAGGUUCGCCACCUCUGAACAGCAAGCUCCACCAACUCCCUGAAAUCUGCUUUCUUCAGACAAGAUUAUUGAGUCUAAUCCCACAUUUGGAGAAGGACUCUUCUUGUCCCUUCAGAGAAUGGUCACAAGUCAAGGAAUAGGAUUACUGAUACUUCUGUUCCUUGAAGCCACUUCUGCAAAUUCCUGUCCGCACCCUUGUACAUGCUCUCCACCUGACCACAACCCACUAAAAGUAGACUGUGGCUUCAGAGAGCUGGCAACUCUUCCACUUCUACCAAGUUCAACCCAAGAACUGUACCUCCAGAACAACAAUCUGGAAACAAUACCUGCAGGAGCGUUUGAUAAUCUUCAGGCACUGCGUAUCAUCAAUUUAUCUAGCAAUCCGUGGCAUUGCGAUUGUGGAAUUAUGUACUUGAAGAACUGGUUAGAAGACCAAACGGGAAACACGUUGAUUAGUGACAUUAGAUGCUUCACUCCACCUUCACUUCACAAAAAAGCAAUAUCUGAACUAAGAAGGAGUGAGCUUCCUUCUUGUUCCACACCCCGAAGAUUCUGUUCCGAUUUCUUGUUUAGUGACACAUUCCUCUUCCUCUUCAUUUUUGUGCUCUUUCUCUUCCUGUGGGUUUUGAUUACAAAAAGGCCUAAAUUUAAAGUAGAGAUUUGCAACAACAGCAUGGAGACCCCAAACACAUUACCUUCAACUUCUUAUCAGCUGAAAAGAAGAACAGCAAGAGUCUAGAGUAAUUUAUCACUGCCAGUGAUUACUGCGUGUUAGAUUGCCAAGUGAGAAGAAAGGUCAAGCAAAUGAUUUCUGUUUAUCGUUAAAACUGAAAAGAAUUGUUAUUGGCUUUUCAUUUUAAGGGGUGGGAAUUCAAUUCAUCAAGAAUGUGCUCACUGCAUGAAUACCAUCAUACGCAACUUUAAAAGACUUUAGUGUCCUUAUUUUAAUCAUUAUGUUUCUGAUUUAUGAUGCCUUCAUGCUGCUGGUGAAAGCAUAUCCUGCAAUUAGAGGUGCAACUCGGCUCUGAGAUCUGAAACGUUAUUACAGUUUUAGGCUAAUGGGUCAGUGAUAGGGCUUGCAGCUCUGGCUGAGCUGAGUUGUUUCCUGGUUGUGAUCAUCACCAUAUUGAUAACCCAUCAGCCCAAGCCUAGAGGCUGACGUGGUAACAUUUUGUACAAGCCAAUGGGGAAAUAUAGCUUUCAUGCUCUGGUAACCCUGUU